AUGGCUCCAGGCAAGAGAAAAAGCGCUGCUGGCAGCACAUCGCCUGCCGCAACAUCAUCGCGAGUGGAAGCUGAUGAACAAAUCUUCAACAAGGAUGGCACUCGUCGCAAGUCGCGCGUCCUGCGACGCAAGACGGACCACUCGAUCAUCGAGAGACGCAGAAGAGAAAAAAUCAACGAGAAGCUGGUUGCCUUGCAAAACAUCGUACCUGCUUGCCGCAAGGAGUGCCAAGACCUGAUCGAACGGAAAUUCACCACCCCUCUCCGCGCCACCGACGACAAGGAAGCCGAUAACACCUCCAACGUCAACGCCAACGCCAACGCGAGCAAGCGCGAUGCGAAGCGCAAACGUGAAGAAGACAGGUUCGACAAGGCCAAAAACGAGAUGAGCGAGAAGGUUCGCACAAGCAUGGUGCUCGAGAAGCUCUGCAUCAUCAGCCACACGCUCGACUUUGUGGUCAAGUUGCAAGAAGAAAACAAGGCUUUGCGAGCACUUUGCGACUGUCAGGCGGAGCGUCGCGCUUCGAUCAACAUCAAUGUUGAGCUAGAGGAGCACUACCGCAGUGCCCACAGCUUCGAUACGGCUGUGGAGGAAGGCAUGGAGCAAGAAGAUAUCAAACAAUCGGUUCUGUCGCCCUCUGGCUCGUCUGAUCCAGACAGUGUCAUGCAGGAGGAACAGGUAAAACCUAACAAACGAAGGCUGCAUUGGGGAAGUGACGAUGUGCGCGAAGCCUCUAUCCGUCAUGAUACUUGUCGCCACAAAUGUGGAGUCCAUGCUCACCAUGAGGCGUAUAGCCGUGAGCGCUCACUUUCACUGACAGCAUCAGAACCUGAUUUUGACACAUUCAACGAGAGCAAGUGCUCGACGACGUCGGCUUCUCGAGAGCUGUGUCGGACAUCGCUUGCUUGCAGCGCUUCUUCAUCUGACUCGGCACCGUGUAGCUCGUUCUGCAGGACGCGCCAUUCUUGCUGUCGAGAAGAAGAGCAGGCCUCAGAGCCCUCUUCUGACGCCUCGGAUGACCCCACAUCUCCUCCGCCUUGCCAGCUCAAGUGGCCUGUCAUCGCUGCUAAUGGUCACACCGGCUACCUGGGACGGCAGCGACUCCCGCCCAUUGUCCAUCUCGGCUUGCCCAAGCAUGACUCACACCUCGCUUCUAUUCGACAGGACACUUUCGCUUCGCUCUACCGCAGAGAUCUUCCGAAAGCAGCGGAACCCGCUGCUUCGAGACCAUUUCGUCCAUUGUCCCUGUACACAUCACAUGUGCCGCCUCCCACUUUGUCUCGCGUCAAGCCAUAA